AUGUCAGGCAACAAGGCUGAAAGUGAGGGUGAACAAUUAUUGGAUCAUUCCGUGUCUCAACCAACAGAAACCGUACAUGUUGAGUCCCUGCAAGGUGAAAGUGGUGGUGCAGAAAUACAAAGUGAACAGGUGCAAGUGCAGCCUGCGCUCUUGGAUAGGGCCAAAACACCAAGUGAACAAGUACAAGUGCAGCCUGCGCUAUUGGGUGGUGCAUCUCGAUCAAUAUCGUCGUCCAACGUGUCUUCAAACUCAUUGUUUACGCAAAAAAAACCACAUAUUCUGAGACAAAAGUCUUACAACCGAUCGCCAUCUCACAAUAAGCUAAUGAAUAAAUUGCCUGCAUCUUCUUCCACUACCCUGAUUGCAAGACCCAACCUAAAUAGGUCAAAAUCUACAGAUGGAUUGGCAAAAGGAAGGCAAGGUGGUGGCUCGGCUUUUAAGCGUAACAACAGAUCAUUCACUAAAGUAGCAGGUCUUUUACCACUAACAAAAUCAAUGUCCAAUCAGUCUUUAAAGUCAAACAAGUCCACCACAUCGCUUAAAGGGAUGUCUCUGUUCAAUAUUGGGUUAAAGCCUAGUGCAAGAAAAGGGAAGGCAAUCAUCAACUUAGAUGAUGAAGACGGAGACUAUGAAGAUGUUGAUGAGCUUCCACACAACGAGCAUGACCAACAACAACAACAACAACAACAACAACAAGUUAUGCCCGUUGCAGAAAGGUUUGAUAGUCAAGAAACUAUAACAACAAACAAUCUGAAUUCAACUCAAAAUAUUCCAAGUUUAUACGAACAAAUUAACCGAAUCGUGCCAGACCCGACUCCAGAUACAUUACCACCACUGACGCCAACAAACACAACAGCAACGACGAUGACGACGACGACGACGCUACCCAGUAGACCGCAAUUAGAAGUAUUACAAGAAACGACACCGAGUGCAGAGCAUUUUAAUGCCACUGCAGAAGAAGAGAGACAUAGACGCCAUUUAACUUCAUCAACACGCAGUUCCACUGAAGAUUUUUCCCAAGCGACCAAUCUAUAUGGUGGCUCACUACUUUUAUCACAAUCUACAGGUUUGGUGCGUAAAAUUGAUCCCAUGAGUACUAAAGCUGCUGUGGCAUUCCCUGAUGAACAAAAGAACGGCGAUACAACAAGUCAUUUGGAAUUGGCUGGUGGGAUCUCUUUUAAAGCUAAUCCCAUAGAGACAACCGCUUCUAUUGCAAAGCCUGAUACAACGAAUCUCAAUGUUAGCAAGAAAAACUCAUAUCAACCCGAUCAAACAAUUUUUACUAAUCUCCAACGCACAACCAAUCAGCACAUACAAAAGAAACCUCAACUGCAAGUGCAAGUGCAAGUGCAACUGCAACUACAGCGACAACAAGUACCCAAUAAAAAUCGAGCGGAAGUUGCUCCGCAACCAACAAAGGCAUCACAGCAUUACUUACAAGAUGGAGUUAAUAACUACAACGAGUUUUUGCAUAGUGCACCUUCAUCAUCCGAUCUGCAGCGAGGCGUUGCUUCAAAAAACAUUGAGACGCGAACGCAGCAGAAAUUAUGGUUACAAAGAGAAAGUUCGCUAAUGGACGUGGCGAAUGGUGAUCCAUCAAGAAUGGCAAAUUUCUCAAACUUAUCAUUGAAUAACUUAAUGUUUGCUCACAGUUAUAACAAAAGUCAUGCAAAUAUGGGCGAUUUGCAAGCGAACGCACAUUCUGCUCAAGGUCUGCGUGUAUAUUCAUCGAAUUUGGGUGGGACAACGGUAAUGCCAGGUACACCGGGUGCGCUGUCAAAUGUCGGUUUUAAUGGCUAUUCGAACCAAGGGCCUGGUACUCCCGAAGCACUGAUAGGAGCCAAUAACAUGAACAUGAAUGGGCUUCUUUUAAUGGUUCAGAACAACCACCAGAACUCAAUUCAAUCUAGAACGGAAUUUGAGCGACUCAAUAGAGAAUAUUUGAAUGUGCGUAGGCACCUUAAUCCUGUAGGAGAAUGCUUGACUAGAUUAGAAAAGUAUAAGAGUAAAGAGAUUAAACUCGAGAAGCGAAGCCAAAAGAAAUCAGCAGACGGUAACCUUAAUUCAGCAGGUGACACAUUUGAAGAGUAUGCAUCAAUCAGUAUUCAAAAACGGGAUGAGAUUACUGCAACCAUAAAUAAAAUGUGGCAGGAUGCAAUAUUGUCUACCUUGUCUUCUGCUUCCAAAUUAGGUUUAUUACCUCAGGACAAUAUGAAACUGGCGAACACAAAGGUAUCCUCCUUUGCUAAACAGGGCCUCGCGCCAUCUACAAGACCAGUAAAACUAUCUACCAACCAAUCUCACAUAUAA